AUGCCGGGCCCACCCUGCGGGUCCCUGUUCGACUACAAGACCGCCAAGUUCUCGGUGACGCGGAACCGGCGGGUGGGGCUGCUGCACCGGCUGCUGCAGCUAAGCGCGCUUGGCUACCUGCUGGGGUGGGUGCUGCUGCUGCGGAAGGGGUACCAGGAGCGUGACGCGGCUCCGCGCGUCGCCGUGGUCGCCAAGGUGAAGGGGGCGGUGGCCGCGGAGGCCGCGGGGCGGCGGCUCUGGGACGCUGCGGAUCUCACCUGGCCCCCGCAGGGAGAAAAUGUGCUUUUCUUGGUGACCCAUUUCACCGCCACAAUCCAGCAAGCCCAAGGCACCUGCCCCGAGAGCCCCUCUGUCCUCGACGGGAUGUGCACAGAAGAUGCAGAUUGUCCCAUGGGAAGCCCUGUGGUUCAUGGCAACGGGGUAAAAACUGGGAAAUGUUUAAUGUUCAACACCACCCAUUCCACCUGUGAAAUCUAUGGCUGGUGCCCUGUGGAGAAUGACACCCUGCCCAGGAAACCUCUUCUGGCUGAGGCAGAGAAUUUCACUAUUUUUAUAAAAAAUACUGUCCACUUCACCAAAUUUAACUUCUCCAAGUGCAACACUUUACAAACCACUGAUCCCAGCUAUUUCAAGAGCUGCACGUAUGAUCCAGUCUUCAACCCCUCCUGCCCUGUGUUCCGUGUCCAUGACAUGGUGGAGGCAGCUGGAAAGAACUUUGGAGACCUCGCACUCCUGGGGGGAAGCAUCAGAGUUCUUAUCGAAUGGGACUGUGACCUGGACCACCCUGCUACCCAGUGCCAGCCACAGUAUUCCUUCAGGCUGCAGGACACAGUGUACAAUUUCAGAACAGCCUCCUACUACUGGGGCUCGCAGCGGCAGCUCUACCGGAACCUGCUGAAGCUCUAUGGGAUCCGCUUUGACCUCUCCGUGCACGGCCAGGCUGGGAAGUUCAGCAUUGUUCCUACUGCUGUGAGCUUUGGCACCAGCAUCGCCUUCUUUGGUGCUGCUACGAUGGUCUGUGACCUGGUUCUGCUCUACCUGGAUGCAAAGGCUGACCUUUAUUGGAAGGAGAAGUUUGAGGAGGUUUAUGAGCCAAACAUGAUUCCAUUGUGGGAAUCCACUGCCCUGGUGAAUCAGGGAGUCACAGGGAGGCCCCUACAGACCAGGAGAGCUAGCAGCCGUGUCUCAGGUCAUCUCCAGCUUUGUCUGACCAAGUCUUUGGAGCCUCUGAGGACUGAGCUCCCCCAUCUCUCCUGGUGA